GUUGCAUGUUGACACAAUUGCAAGUAAACAACUAAGGAAGAAACCAAACAAGGGACAAUAGCUUCGACCACUCAGUGUCGUGGACAACGAGUUGCUAGUGCAGACACUCGAAGACACGUGACAGAAAUAUUUAUGGAACGCGAACAAAAUGGCGGACGAAAGUAGCACAGAAUCGGCUUCAAAUCAAAGUUUUUGCCAAAAAUGCCGCCUUAUAUUCACAAGGAAAAUGUUGUUGACCAUUGCACUAGGYCAGGUCCUGUCAUUAUGCCUAUGUGGAACGGGAAUCUUCAGUCAACUUCUUGAAAACAAAUACAACAUAGAGACACCAACAACACAGAGUUUUUUUAAUUAUUUACUUUUAGCUUUGAUAUUUUUAAGUCAGCUGAUUUAUAAAGGACAGUUUUUAGUAAUUUUAAGAGACAGAGGCUGGAAGUAUUUUCUUCUGGGUUUGAUUGACGUUGAAGCUAAUUAUCUUGUAGUGAAAGCAUAUCAAUACACAAAUCUUACAAGUAUACAGUUAGGUUUAUACUAUCUUGGUUUUGCUGCUUGUCUUUUCCUGUUAUACACAAUGAUGCCAAUAGCCCUGCAGAGAAGCAGUGCAAUGGUGGUUAACUUGUCUCUACUGACAGCAGACUUUUUUACAUUAUUGGUUGGUCUGUUUGUCUUUAAUUACAAGUUYUCAKUACUUUACUUUGUUGCAUUUGCAUUGGUGGUCCUGGGUCUUAUAAUAUACAAUAGCAAACCUGUCCCCACUCUACCCCCCACUAGUCAAGAUUAUGACCGGCUGGAAAGUGAAAGCCAAGCAGAAUUGGGAWUGUGUUGUCAACAGUCCUCUACAGAAGAGUAGUUAAGGUAGCAAUUCUAGGACUCAUAACAAUAGCAAACCUGUGCCCAGCUUACCAAACACUAGUCAAUCAUGUACACGACUUUCAACAAUGGCAGUCGUUCACGACCGUUAAUAUCAGGGACUAGUGACGAAUCAUUGAAACAAGACCUCAAAGGCCUUCCAUCUAAAAACACUACGAAGAUCACAUCUAGUUAGUGUCCAAAUGUUUAAAAGAUGUAUUAUAGUGUUUUUUUGACAAAACAAUCUUGCAAGACACCAUCGAAGUUUACUAUAUACAGAGGCUGGCCUUCGAGACUCGUUUUAGUGCUUCGUCCCCAGUGCCCUGAUCGGGAACUGUGACAAAUCGCACCAUUUUUGAAUGACCACAUUGAAAAGGAAACACUGAACUGUAAGUUAGCAUUCUUGUAAGUUUUAUUAUACGAUAUCAAGGCAGUACAAAUGGGAAGACUGCAGUUAGAUAUAUCGAUAGUUUAUUACAGUUUUAAAAACUGCACUUGUAUCUAAUCCAUGGCUACAGCAUUAUGGACAAUAAGUGGUGUUGGUAUAGUUGAGUUUCGCGAUCUCCUUUAUGCUGUGUUAGCCUCAAUUGUGUGCAAAAUAUCCAGAAAUCUAAAUAAAACUYGUCAAAUUUCAAACUAUUUCCAUUGUCUUCAAUCUAUACUCACAGAACUCUUGCAUUUGCAUGGGCUGUUAGUGAA